AUGGCGAAGAUUUGUACAGAGCAGUCCUACCCAUCCCGGCAACAUCUCUCGGUUCGAGCCUCUGACGAUGAACUGAAUCAGACUGAAAAUGGUGCAAGCAGGGCACAUUCUCUUUGUGAGGACACCUCCUCUGACAUGCAGGGAAUUAUUUCUACUGGAACUAGCCAGUUUCAGGAGUCCAGGAGAAGUUCCUUCACAGGUUCGGGGGCUAUGGCAAGGCUCACUCAAUUCCUGGUUAUGCUGCGGAACUGGGCAUCUCACAGGCUUCACAGAGAGGUCGAGCGUCCCGACUCCUUCUUGGAGCGAUUUCGUGGACCAGACCUCAAAGACUUGUCUAGCCGUGGGAGUAACGCCCGUUCCUCUAUAGGUCUUCCUGACAGACCUCGUAAGACGAAAAAAGACAAACACUGGCCUAUGGCAACUUACAAUAUGAACAACUGCAACAAUACAGAUGAAGUAGCUGUUAAAAAAUGUAAUCACAUAAAAACAAUUAAAAACAUUACCUUCAGCAAAAAGGAGGAGAAAAAGGAGGAAAUAAAAAAGGAUGGAGACAAGGAAGAGAAAAAAGAGGAGAAAAAAGAUGAAAAUAAAGAUGAGAAAAAGGAGGAGAAAAAAGAUGAAAAGAAAGAUGAUAAGAAAGAUGAUAAAAAGAAAGAUGCUCCUCCCCCACCGAAGGAAGUUUGGAUCAUGGACCCCUCCUCAGACAAAUAUUACAGAUGGUUGUCUAUCAUAGCAGCGCCAGUUUUCUACAACCUCAUUAUGUUGGUAACAAGGGCGUGUUUCAAUGAGCUUCAGAACUCAUAUACAGUGCUUUGGAUCAUCCUGGACUACGGCUCAGAUGUGAUCUACUACAUGGACACGUUCGUUCGAUCAAGAACAGGUUUUUUGGAGCAGGGCCUUCUUGUUAAAGAUGGCAAGAAGCUGGUGGAUCAUUACAAAAAAAUCCCACAGUUCAAAUACGACAUGAUUUCAAUGAUUCCCACCGAUUUAUUAAUGUUUAAAGUGGGAUUUAACAAUCCCGAGCUUCGUUUCAAUCGUCUCUUCAAAAUGGCACGUCUCUUUGAGUUCUUCGACCGCACGGAAACCAGAACAAACUAUCCGAACAUUUUCCGUAUCAGCAACCUCGUGCUUUACAUCCUCAUUAUUAUUCACUGGAACGCUUGCAUUUUCUUUGCCAUUUCCAAAACCAUCGGCUUUGGGACAGACACGUGGGUAUAUCCGAACAUAAGCCACCCUGAAUAUGGCCGCCUGGCCAGAAAAUACAUCUACUGUCUAUAUUGGUCCACUCUCACACUUACCACCAUUGGAGAAACUCCUCCACCCGUUAAAGAUCUCGAAUAUUUGUUCGUCGUUGCCGACUUCCUCAUCGGAGUGUUGAUAUUCGCCACCAUCGUCGGUAACGUCGGUGCAAUGAUUUCCAACAUGAACGCUUCCCGUGCCGAGUUUCAGGCCAAGAUCGACUCUAUCAAGCAAUAUAUGCAGUUUCGUAAGGUCAGCAAAGAUCUGGAGGCUCGGGUCAUCAAAUGGUUCGAUUACCUCUGGACGGAGAAGAAGACUUGCGAUGAGAAGGAAGUCUUGAAGAACCUUCCGGACAAGCUCAAAGCCGAGAUUGCCAUCAACGUCCAUUUGGACACGCUGAAAAAGGUGCGAAUCUUCCAGGAUUGCGAAGCGGGGCUACUUAUCGAGUUAGUGCUUAAGUUACAACCACAGGUCUUCAGUCCUGGAGAUUACAUAUGCAAGAAGGGCGACAUCGGCCGAGAAAUGUACAUCAUCAAAGAAGGAAAGCUUGCCGUAGUGGCCGAUGAUGGUGUUACACAAUUUGUGGUGCUCAGCGACGGUGCAUACUUCGGAGAAAUCAGCAUUCUUGGAAUUAAGGGCAGUAAGGCCGGAAACAGAAGAACGGCAAACAUUCGUAGUGUUGGAUAUUCUGAUCUAUUCGCCCUGUCCAAAGACGACCUCAUGGAAGCAUUGACAGAGUACCCAGAUGCCAAAAAAGCCCUGGAGGAGAAAGGAAAGUCCAUCCUGAGGAAAGACAAUCUUCUCGAUGAGGCGGUGGCGAGCGCAGGCGCUGAUCCCAAAGAUCUAGAAGAGAAGGUUCACCGCUUAGAGGGAAGCCUCGAUGUGAUGACUACCAAAUUUGCCAAGCUUAUGGCAGAGUACACAACUUACCAGAGCAAGAUCAAGCAGAGGAUCACCAACAUGGAGAACAAAGUUAAAAAACUGCACGCAGAAGAGCUGUCUGAGGUGGUCGAGGACAAAAAAGAUGAGGACAAGACGACAAAAUAAUUUUCUGAUUCAUGUACAUAUUUCUUAUAGUGCAUUACUUUUAAAAUGUUUAUACUUAAAUUUUUAUGAUGAUGCUGUAUUAUUUGCCAUAUUUGUUAAAAAAUAUUUUAACAUUAUAUUUAUUCAACAGCUCAAAUCAUAAAUUAGACACAGUGAAAGACUUUUGAUUCUUAAUCUCCCCUUAAAGGGAAAGUACCACUUAUAUCUACUGCAUAAAUGGGUGAUUCUCCCGAAAACCAGAUUUAGAAGGUAUCCAGCAUCAGAAUUU